GUGGGCAGUUGUUUGUUGUCCAGGGUCUGUCUGCACACUAUGUAAAUCCAGCCGUGUUAACACGUCCCUUUUGUCCAUGGAUCCUAUGAUGGCUUUCAGCACCAUAUUCAAGAAGGCCUCAAACCUUCUGGGGAUAGGUUCUGACUCCCCAAAACACCCGCCCCUAGACGGGGAAAUUAUCUACUGCAAGAACAAUGUGUGUGUCCAUCCCCCGGCUCCCAUGACGAUGGAUACAGAGCACCAUCCUGGCUACCUUACACUGAGGUCACAACACGAGGAGAGCAAUGGCCCGACACUGAUCCUGACCUGGAUACCCAACUCCUCACUGAAAAAAAAUCCCCGCAGCAUAGAGAACAGCCCCAACCGCGCAGAUGUUUCCACACCCAAGGUCAGUCCACGGCGCCCCCCUCGGCCAGACUUUGCCCGGUCCGACCAGCCAACGCCUUCACCAAGCAGCUCGCCCCAGGGAUCGUGUGUGUCGGUAAGCAGUGAUGUGUGUGGUGUUGCUACUUAUGAUAUGCCCAGCACUAAGGCACAAAAGCGUUUUAAUUUUGACAAUGGCAGCGUCCACUCUGAGUGUUCCCGUGAUGAUUAUUGUGAUAGCUGGGCCCAACCUGAAGACUUUGUGCGCAAAUUAAGUACCAGCAAUAAGUCCCAAACCGACUCUGGGAUAGGUCCUGAUGAGGUAUUACAGAACAAUGAGUUACCUAGUGUAAGUAAAGGAGUAGGUAAGGUAGGGCUUACAGUCAAUAAUCUUCAUAGUCAGAAAGAGGGCAAUACCAAUGUUACACCAUGUACACCCAGCUCGCCAGACACCAGUGAUGGUCUUACUCCGGAGGAGCAGCUGGCGGUCAUGCUCAAUAGAAACAAACUGCGUGCAGCGCCCACACGAGAUCGCAUAGACUCUAAUAAGUCUGUGAGCAUUGAAAUGAAUGGUGACAACUUGGUGGUGGUUACAGAGGAAGUAGAUAGUGAGGAGAAGUACGACUUCCAGGACUGUAACAUCAACAAAAAUCACAAUAAAUUUGACAGCAGCAGUUCUACAGAUGUGGAGCAAAACAGUCUGAGUUCUGACUCAUCUCAUCCAAGUCCAUCAGGGAGACGCUACCAUAACAUGUUGGAGGAACUCCGGGAGGAUAUACAUACAAAUGGCCAUGUUGACCAGGAACCAUUGACAUCAUGUCAAAGGUCAAAUGUUCCUACUGACUUACAACUAGUCCAAACAUCAUCUACAGAAAAUCAUCAUCAUGGUGCUAAUUUGCCAAGGCCAGACAUCAGUGUAACAAGGUACCGUCUGUCUUCCUCCUCCUCCUCUAGUACCUCUGGGCCUGACUCGGGCCCACCUAGCCCCUCCCUGGUGUCCUCCCCAGACUGGGACCAGCCGUCAGACACACCCUCAAGCUGUGAGUCGGGUGCACACAACCUCACUUUCCCAAACAACUCUCUUGGCGUGGUAGGAGCACGAGGGGAACAUAAAAGUGCCAAGGAUCAAGUGUGUGGGGUGUUCUCUGUGGAUUUGG